AUGCAGGCCAUCGGGCAGCUGAUGUCAGUGGGCCGCACCUGGUCUGUGGAACCGUUCAGCGGCGAGGGCAUGAAGGAGCCGCUGCGCGUGGUGGCCAUCCACGAUCCGCCCUACAUCUCCAUGGUGCGCCAGGGCGACGGAUCCUACCACUUUGACGGCUACCUGAUGGACCUGUGGCGCACAAUUGCGCGCGAGCUGCGCCUCACCUACCGGCUGGUGGCACUGCCCGGCGGGGGGUACGGCAGCAUGGACGAGAACGGCACCUGGAACGGCCUCAUCGGCGAGCUGACGUACGGGCGCGCGGACGUGGCGCUCACCUGGGUGAGACUUCGCCAGGACCGCGCCCAGGCGGUCGACUACGUGGCGGCCGUGCCCGUGGAUCAGGAUCAGUAUACGUUCCACAUGCGCCAGGGCACCGACACCGUGCCCCAGAUCACGCCCGGCAUGUUCAGCUCACUGCUGAAGCCGCUGCACAUGAACGUGUGGUGGAGCCUGUUGGCCUCGCUGUUCGUCGUCUCGUGGGUGCUGCGCAUCGCGCUGCGCUACAACCACGAGCGCGCUGAGCGACGCGAGACGGUGGCUGACAUGACUUGGGGCACCUGCUUCCUGUCCAGCUUCAUGUCUGUAGUCGGACAGGGCUGGGCGAGCUCUCCGGACUCCCUGGCGGCGCGAACGGCCACCAUCUUCAGCUGGGUGCUCGGCAUCCUCAUCUACGUCAACUACACGGCCAACCUCAUCUCCUAUCUAACCGUCACCACGGUGGACAAGCCCAUCAGCAGCCUCAAGGAGUUCUCAGAACAGUCCGGCUGGAAGUUCGCCUUGGAGCGCGGCAUUGGCACCCUCAACGACUGGAAGAUCAGUAGCAGCCCGUACGAACGCGAGCUGUUCCGGCGCGUCUCACAAAGGGACGGCUACUUGGAGCUGGAUGGCAGCGAUGAGGCCUUUCGUAAGUCCAUCGAGCCGAACGUUCUUGUCUAUAUCGACGUAAAGCGCCUGUUCUUUACGCUCGGGGACGACGCGUGCGCCACUGUCCCUCUGCUGGAUCGGCUGCCGGCCAAGGCCAACACCUACAUCGUGAUGGCGAAGGGCAGGGAGCGAUUGCACAGCGCCAUCAACCAGGUGAUGCGCGUGCUGAACCAGGCGGGGACGAUCUCCCGGCUGAAGGCCCGGUGGCUGACAGGGGGCCAGGAUAUGUGUACUGCGUCCGGCGGCUUCAAGGAGCUCUCUCUGGGAGAUGUGCUGGCAGUGCUCGUCCUGGUCCCCCUUGGAAUCAUCUGCAGUGUCGGCCUCUUUAUGCUGGAGUGGCUCUGGAUCAAGUGCUCGCCGUGCCAGCGAAAGUCCCAGGCCUUGCAACAGUAUCCAUUUGAACAGAAGGCCGGAAGCAAGACAUCAUGGGGCAUUUAA